AUGGCGGCAUUGGUUCGUUUGUUGGAGGAUGCGCAAGGUUUACAAAAUCUACGCAAAUCAGUUGGAGAAUACCAAGCCUAUGCCGCACGUUUGUAUGAAUAUGCAGCUGCUGUUAGAAUUCAAGCAUGGUUUCGGGGGAUACGAGUUAGAGCAUAUUUAAAAUUCUUAAAUAAAUGUGCUACAAAGAUACAGAAAAUAUGGCGAGGCUUUCUGGCAAGAAGAUACUACAGCAUUCUUCUCAGGAAUACCGUGUUUAUUAUGAGAUUCAAACACUACAAUGCAAUGGCUAGUAAGAUCCAGAGAAUCUGGAGAGGCUAUUAUGUGAGAAAAUACGUAUUCUGCUACCAUGGCAGAAAGAGGUACCUUGAGGCUUUGCAGGUCAAGAAUGAGAUUGUUAGAAAACACCAUUACCUCCUGAGUACCGAGGUUAUACCUGGGAUCUACAACUCACCAUUUUUACCUUGCCCAACAGAGGAAGAGUACUUGUUGCGUAGUGUGCAGCCCUUAUCCCACAAAAAGAAGAAAGCAGAUGAACCAGAAUUUGAUCCUAUUUGUAAGAACUACAGCUCCAGUGUUCUUCCUCCGUUAAAAAAACCACUUUCCUCCAUGUUCAUAGGCCCAUUCCGGGAUCCAAAAGAUGUACAGAAACAGCGCUAUAAGCCUUUUCAGCCCACUUUGCGUGUCUGUACUGAUUUCUUUUCACUUGAAAAAGCCCGAGAGAAAUUAAAGAAAGACGAAUGGGUGCAGAGAAUCAAUGACAACCU